AUGAGAGGCCUGUGGGAGCAGGGCUUUUUCGGCAAAGGUAGUCUAAGUCGAAGUGAGCCAAACUGGCUACGGCGCGAACUCGUCCGCAAGGGUCUGGACGAGACACAUGUCAGUGAAAUUCACACAAACCAAAGGCGACAAGAACGUGCCGAGGCGAAAUGGGAACGCGCCAGGCUCGAGCAGGAGGCCAUCCGUCAAACAAAGCUCAACGAAUCGCAAAAGGCGGCUGCUGUGGUUGACGCGGCUGCCAGCAUCGUCGCUCCCGUCGGCCCGGCCGAGCUUCUAGCGCUCCCCAACUCCCUUCCCAAUAUCAAAUCGACAAAGGCGAAGUCACCAACGACGUCGAUUCUUGUAAAUGGUGACUACCUAGCACCGCCCCCCGAGCCUACGCUCAUCGAGCAGCUGGCCGGCAUCACCUUUGAGGCCGGAACCAACGGGUCUGCGACGGCUCCCCAGACACCAGCAUCACGCUCUCGCGGGAGCUCGACAGUUUCCCAGGACGGCUCUGAGAAGCGACAAAAGAGCGUUCGAUUUUCUCCCAAAAUCGACUCCACCACAUUCGAUUUUGCAGAUCCCCCAAGCUUCAACGCCACAUCGGAGGGAAGGCAUCCUGAGCCAUCAACCCCCCGUAACGACGACUUGCCGACGACAGAAGUCAACCCUACCGAAGUAAUUGUCAACAAGGAGCAUCUUCAACUCACUUCGGAAGAGGCUUUUUUCCUCAAAUUCGGUUUCGGCGCUCUCUCUAUUAGCGACCCUCACUCGGGGUUGGACUUGUCGACAAUGGACAUAUUGCGGUUAUUUCGUGAAUACUCCUAUUCUCCGCCGCGAAAUGGCCCGGACGCUCCCGACCUGCAGCCAGAUGACAACUUUUUGGUACAUUACGUCGUGUAUCAUCACUUUCGCUCACUGGGUUGGGUCCCUCGCGCGGGCAUCAAAUUUGGAGUCGACUGGCUGCUCUACAAUCGUGGCCCAGUGUUUGACCACGCUGAAUUUGGCCUCAUAAUCGUUCCAUCAUACUCGGAUCCCUGGUGGAGCCUGGUGCUCGUGUACGUGGACGUACCGCCGCCGCCCGUUUUCGACGACGCUAUCGCAACAGGCCUGACGGAUGCACUGAAGCUAUAUAAAGUUCAUCUUGCGCGAUUUCCAGUUGACUUCUUCCAGCUGCAAUUUUUCCAGUACAGCAAAGAUGGGUGGCCGGAAAUGCUCUCACCCGGGCGAGCCUUGAUGCGCCGGGUGCCCCGGCUCCGGGUUGCCUUGACCACUGUCCGGCAGAACUCGAGCAAUGAGGUGGCGUCGCAGCCUCUGAGCCAGCAUGAGCAACCUGUGAGCCUGGGCUCGGACUCAGCCGGCGGCGAAACAACUGCGCUGUGGCGUCUAAAGGAACUCCGCCAGCAGCAAGGGCACCACCGGCAGGUGCUCGUCGCCCGUGCGGGCCUGGCCACGGGGCCGCUCUCCUAUGAGCAGCACAGCGACCGCGUCAUCGUACGCUCACAGGACGGCGGUGCCUCCGUGACACUCGACGCCGCCGCGCUCCGCGACGGCUGCCAGUGCGUGGUCUGCAAAGACCCGUCGUCCGGGCAAAAGUCCUUUGCCUCGGUCGAGAUCCCCGCAGACAUCAGCGUCGCCGGCGUCCACGAGACGGCCGACGGCCUGGCCGUCCGCUUUCGCAACGACAUUCCGCGCUUCGCGGCGCACGAGACCACGGUGCCGUGGGAGGCGCUCGAGGUGGCCCUCGGCGCGCGCCGCGCCACCGACACCGAGGAGAUCCCGCCCGUAUUCCGCGCCGUGCGCGCCCGCGCGGGCAUCACCCUCUGGGACAGCGCCUCGAUCACGCAGCAGGCGCGGGCCGUCGACUACGCCGCCUUCAUGGCCGGCGGGGACGCGCUCUGGGCGGUGGUACUGGACCUCGUGCGGCUCGGGCUCGUGCGGCUGACCGGCGUGCCGCGGGAGGAGGGCUCGGUCACGCGCAUCGCGACGCGCAUCGCCAACAUUCGCGAGACCUUUUACGGGCGCACGUUUGACGUGCGCGCCAAGCCCAACGCAGAGAACGUCGCGUACACGGCGGGCCGCCUCGGCCUGCACCAGGACCUGCUGUACCUCGACCCGCCGCCGCGCAUCCAGAUCCUGCACUGCCUCGACAACUCGUGCGCCGGCGGCGCCUCGCUCUUCAGCGACGGCGAGCGCGCCGCCGCUAUGCCCAGCGCCGCCCCGUGCUGCGGUGCGACGAAGGCGGCCGCCUGGACACCGUCUUCUGGUCGCCGCCGGGCGCGCGCGUUCGAGGCGCUCAUCAACGGGCCCGCGGCCGUGCACGAGGUCAAGAUGCGGCCGGGCGAGUGCGUGCUGUUCGACAACCUGCGCGUCAUGCACGGCCGCACGGCGUUUGAUGCGGCCGGCGGGGGCAGCAGGUGGCUGCGGGGCGCGUACAUUGCGCAGGAGGACUUUGUGAGCGUGGCGACGCAGAUUCCGCGCCGGCUGCUACAGAGGGGCGACCCCGUGGACGAGACGGUGUGGUACGAGGAGGAGUACGAGAAGAAACUGCGAGCCCACAAGCCGUGGGCGGCGGAGGUGCAGGCGGUCACCGGGGAGGUGGUGUAA